AUCAGUGCUUUGCAUAAUUGCAUUGCUUCUGCCGGUAUACUGGGUCUUCUGAUAGAACUUGAGCAGUAUAUGUUUUUCUGACGCCCAUUCCCUUCUAUUUACUUAAAAUUUAAGGUCAUGCUGCGUUCAUCAUAAGACCGGGGCAUUUUAAUAGGUUCUAGCCCUCUGAAAUAUAUUUCAAGUGAGAUAUAUAGUGGUUUGACCAAACCCCCUGAUCCCCAACCUCUUCGGGGUUUAAUAAAUAGUAUACCACUUCAUCAAAGUCAUCAUGGACCCCAACCAAGCGUCAGAACCGCAUGGUCCUCGAACCGCCCCCUUCUACCCCGUGCCUCCCCGACACCUCGUCAGUGUCGAACAUCCAGCCAUUAUCAAAGAUGUCGACAAGGCCAUCGACACACUGCAAGGCAACGCAGGCAUAUCAAAGAUCCUAAAUCCCCCAAAGGCCGAUACAUCCGCAAACCUGCUCCUGCGGCCGGAGGAUGCCAUGUCCAGGCCCCUGCAGUCCACCAGCUCGGCGUCCAGCAACGUCCUGCUGAAAGUGACCGUGCCCAAGCGGACGGGGCGCAAGCGCAAGAAGGGAUCCGAUGAGCCCUUCUCCGGUGUCCCUGUCACCACCGUUCAUCGGGAGCCGCAAAGGCCCGGGGCCAAGUACCUGGCCAGGACCCUGCGUGAUAACGUGGGCAGGUAUCAGGUUGAGCCGGUGGGGACAAUCAAUCGGACGCAUGUGUUUCGAGGAAUGCCAGAUUUUGUGUUUUCGACGACGGCCAGCGAGUUCAGUAAUCGGUUUCGGGAGAAGAUUUUGUCGUUUGAUUAUGACAAAAUGAGGGAAUGGGACCUGGACAUGUCCAAAGGUGCCAUAUCCAACGUCGACAUCAUCCCGCCUCCAUCCUUCAGCCACGGCGACGUGCCAUUCAGCUACAUAUACCACCAAAACCCCACCGUGCGCCAAACAGUCGACACCUCCGGCAACAUCACGACCGUGAACACGCAAACCGCCUCCAAAAUCAUGACCUUCCUCGUCUCCUACGACAUCCCCACGGUCCCCUCCGGCCCUCGAGACACCCUCCCCCCAAUCGCCACCCUCGACAAAGGCCUCCAAGAGACCAUCACGAUCGUGGAAUCCCUCUUCCAGGACCGCCCCGCCUGGACCCGCCGCGGCCUCCGCAACCACAUCACCUCGCCAGAGCAGCGCUACCUCCUGCGCCACGCGAUCCCCUACGUCGGGUACAUCUUCCGCUCGGGGCCCUGGCGCGACGCCAUCAUCAAAUUCGGCCACGACCCUCGCACCUCGCCGUCCUACCGCAUCUACCAAACCGUCAUGUUCCGCCUCAUCCCUCGCGAGCCCGAGAUCGCCCGCGACGCCGGCCACGGCCGUCGCCACACUUUCUCGCGCCCCAACGACAACACUCCAACCUCCAGCACCGACCCCAUCACCACCCCCUCCAGCUCCAGCCACAUCUUCACCGGCACGCUCCCCCUCCACGUCGACGGCCGCAUCUGGAUGGCCUGCGACAUCACCGACCCGCUCAUCCACUCCAUCCUCUUCCCCCCCUCCCCUGCCCCAGAUUUCCUCCGCGCAACAUGCGACCCCGUCGCGGACGGGUGGUUCGGAAACGGCACACUCGCGAAAGCCAAAACCAUCAUGCGCAACAAGAUCAUCGCGCUCCUGAACGGGACCGUGCCAGACGACGCAGACUUCGCGAAAAUAGCGGCAUUCCCGGACCACGGGGACCUCGAGGACCUGGUGGCGAAGUUCGCGGUGAAUCCGAAGGAGGCGAGUCCGCGGGAGCUGGCGCUGGCGACGGAGGUGCGGUCGAUGCUGAAGGGGUCGGCGAGUUGGAAGGAGAAGACGAGGGAGGCGGAGGAGAUGGGGAGGGAGAUGAGGGAGAGUGCGGGUGGUUCCGGGGAGGGGGGUGGAGAAGGGUCUUCGGGACGGAGAGUUCGGUGGCAGGAUGAGAGUGUGGGGCCUGGUGAGGAGGACGAGGAAAGUCAAGGUGAGGAAGAGGCUAUUGAGCAGGAAGAGAUGCUGGAGGCGCAGGCGGCUGCGGCGGCGGAGUCGGUGAAUGCGGCGAUUGGAGAGCAGGAGCCGCAGGAUGAAGAGCAGGAGGAUGAUGAUGAUAAGAUGGAGGUCGAGGACGAGACGGAGAGAAGGAAAGCGAAAGGGAAAGGUCGACAGCUAUAGCUACCUUAGCAUCUAAAUAUAUCCUACGAGUUUCGAGACCCGAG